AUGAUUCCAAGACGUUUUGUCGUCGCACAAAAUUUAGUCGAAUUUAAUUGUCAUCUAAACUACACAAUUCCACCGACAGCACCAUUUCAAUUUGACAUCCAAGGAAACACCGUGAUAUUUGAAGGCGGGCGGCUGUCAGCUCAAACUACACCCACCUAUGAAAUUGGGAUCAUCUGCUCAGCUCUAAACGAGUCAUUUGUUGCUCACCCCAAGCUGACGGUCAACAUUAUCAACUUACCACCAACGUUUGUCCACACAGGCAAAUACGUCAACUUGACCUUAGACUCCAAACACCCGUACCCUGUGGGCUCUGGUGUAUUCAAUGCAACGGCCACUGAUCCAGAACAUGACCUACUGACCUACUCAAUCAUCUACAGAGAACCGAUGCAGAAUAUAUUCUCUAUUGACAACAAUGGAAUGAUGACUACUAAGUUUGACCUUCGAACUUUAGCUGAAAAUUACUACAGAGUUGACGUGGAGGUCAAGGACAAUCAUAAUAAUAGAAAUAAUCUGACCAUCGUCUUUACAAUAGUCUUAAAUCUGAGGCCACAAAUUACAAAUCUACCGUCAGAAUUUUUUAUCCCAGAGAACACGAUUGGAAGUAGAUCUAUUAUCAUCUUGAAUGUUUAUGACGAUGACAAUGAUCUUUUCUGUGAUUGUAAAGUUGAGCCAUCAUCAGAAUUUUCCAAAUUUGAAUUUAAUGGCGCAGCGCGAGAAGUAAAAGUUGUACAAGCCCUAGACUAUGAGUCUGUCAGCAUUUACACUAUCACAUGUCGACUAUUUGACAAGUUUUUGUACUCCCAGCCUGGUAUUUUAACUGUACGAGUCGUCAAUGUCAACGAGCCGCCUUAUUUCCUCUCACAAAAUCACCUGUGUAUUCUAAAUGAGGGGCCGGCGGGCAUGUCAUGUGAUCCAGGUGUUGUGCUGAGAGACCCAGAGGGCGAUGCCGUAACAUCUGCCACGUUUACAGCAAACAAUAACUACCUCAGCAAACAACAACUACCUCAGGUAAAUUUAACAUCUGCCACGUUUACAGCAAACAACAACUACCUCAGAUUUGACGUAUCGACCAAAAGAAUCGCAUUCUCCCAGGACUAUGAUGUCGAUACCAUAACAGUAACUAGCUUUAGGUUACAGUUGAUGGUCAGCGACGUACAUGGAGCGGCCAGCAAACCCGUAGACGUCACAGUCAUAAUAAAUGACGUCAAUGACAACACGUGUAGACCGCCAGCCGUUAGAGCCUACUUUAUCAGCCAACAGCAACGGCCCGAAACUCUAGGGACCCUACCCAACACGGACAGCGACCUGACAUCACCAAAUAAAGACGUCAUCUACAGUGACGUCAUCGGGGAACCUUACGAGUCUUUACGUUAUUUCACAGUCACGAGACACGGAGCUAUUGUAUACAAAGAACAACUCCCAGAGACCAGUGACGGCAAGAGCUAUAUCCUAGCCUUCAAAUGUAAAGAUGGCGGGUCCCCUCAGAGAACUGCUGACGUGACAAUUGUCUUUCAUUACAUGUUGGAGCCGACAACUACCACACCAACGACCACCACCACGACCACCACCACUACACAAAGCACGACCAAGGCUGUGGCCAAGAAGAACGUCUUUGACGACUCUGGUUUUGUGGUGGUUUUUGUCAUUUUGAUCUCCAUCCUGGGCGUGGCUCUACUGGUGGGGAUUUAUUUCCUGUUACGUCACUGGGGUGUGUGUACCGGAAGUUCUGCUCUAGCCAAUCGUAAAACACAGGAUAGCAACGUAUAUGCAAGUGCAAGGGAAGUGCGAACAGUCCAACCAUUUUUUAAUAAGACAACUCGGGUCAACCAGAACUUUAAGGACGACUAUUGGAGGACAGGUGACAACUUCGCCACUGGCAUUGGUUACACCCAGUCACGUGAUGUGGGCUCCAAGCAUCUUGAACUCCCUGCAUCCCACCCUCAGACAGAUUUCUUUUAAAGUUUCUACACCAAGUCGUUCUUUUAGGAUAUUAAAUGAUUCUAGUGGGAUAUUUGAUGAUUCUAGUGGGAUAUUUGAUAAGGAAACACGCGCAAAGAAAACCUGCAUACAAAAAAGUGCGCACGGUUAUAUUUGUUUUCUUAAAUGGAGCAUUUAUAGACGUUAACGAAGAAUGAGUACAUGUACAUUGUAGCAUAAUAAAACGU